AUGCGCCGCCGCCUGUGGCUGGGCCUGGCCUGGCUGCUGCUGGCGCGGGCGCCUGGUGCGGUGGGGACCCCCGGCGCGCCGCGAAGACCGCGCAGCUACCCGCACCUGGAGGGCGACGUGCGCUGGCGGCGCCUCUUCUCCUCCACGCACUUCUUCCUGCGCGUGGACCCCGACGGCCGCGUGCAGGGCACCCGCUGGCGCCACGGCCAGGACAGUGUCGUGGAGAUCCGCUCUGUCCACGUGGGUGUCGUGGUCAUCAGGGCCGUGUACUCAGGCUUCUAUGUGGCCAUGAGCCGCUGGGGCCGCCUCUAUGGGUCGGUUCCGGGAGCGCAUCGAGGAGAAUGGCUACAACACCUAUGCCUCGCUCCGCUGGCGCCACCGUGGCCGGCCCAUGUUCCUGGCGCUGGACGGGCAGGGGGCACCCCGGCGAGGCGGUCGAACGCGGCGCCACCACCUGUCAACCCACUUCCUGCCGGUGCUGGUCUCCUGAGGCCCCGCCGGGCUGCGAGGGCCCUGCUGCCAGAGGAACAGGCUGGACAGAGAUUCCCGAAGAUGCCUGAGCAGGGUGGUGGCCGGCAGAAUAAUGGCCCCGAAGAUGUCCUGUCCUGACCCUGGGUCCUGGGGAUACAUCGACUCCAGUGGCAAAGGGGCUCACUCUGCAGAUGGGAUGGAGUUGAGGACCUCGAGAUGGGAGGUCAUCCUGGGUUACCUGGGGGCCCAGUGUCCUCACAUGGUCCAAGAGGGGGCAGAAGGGCCAGAGGCAGAGACUGGAAGACGCUGCGCUGCUGGCUUUGCAGACGGAGGUAGGGGCCACACGCCGAGGGCUGCGGGUGCCUCUAGAAGCUGGGAAGGGAGGACACGGGUCCUCCCCUGGAGCCUCCAGAGGAGCCAUCCCUGCCCACGCCUUGACUUUGGACUUCUACUCCCCAGAACUGUGAGGGGAUAAAUGUUUUGUUUUAAGCCA